AUGCCCAUCUCAGCGCACCGGGAGUUUUUGCACCUAUGUGCCCUCACGGAGAGGAAGAAGGCCAACGACGUUGGCGAAGCAGCAUCCCAAUGGGACUCGGGGCGCAAAUAUAAAAGCCUGCGUGCACCACGCACACAGAUCACCGUCCGGUCAGAUUCACUCAAGUUGCUCUCAGGGGCGUUACUCUCCUCCUCCGACAGCUACGUGCUACUCGUCAUGCGGGGAGCGGCCGAUCGGUCACAGCGACGAGACUGUGUCGUGCAAUUACACUGCUCAAUCUGGCCGCACGGAUAUGGGCAUGUGUCCGAGUACAACAUCUUUCCCGCUGGAGCCAGAGUCCUUCGAUAUAGACACCCACUUAGAACACGCAUUGGCAAGCGCCGAUGGGAUAGGAACAUUGCACCAGGACGUCGACGAAUCAACCAUGGAGUCUUUCAGCUCAGAGGCUUUGCAGGCUCCACGGGUGCCGCCGGCGUCGGAGCGUGA